UCUCUUCCGGCUUUCAACAGCAGUAGUGACAGACGAAGCGAAAACAAUAUGACAGUUUAAACUUUAAACCGAUGGGCUGUGUACAAGUGGCAGCGUCGUUAGCGCUUCCAGACAAUUUUCACUGACCGCUUAGUUAAAUGUCAUUUCUUUGGACCUGAGGUAGGGACAGAAAAAUAAGGAUGCAGUUUCCUCACACCAACGGAGACUUCACGUUCGUGUCCUCGACCGAAGCUGAAGACCUCAGCGGCACCAUAAGUACCCCAGAUGUCAAGCUAAACAUGGGCAGUGACACCGGUAAAGACCCCUACACGACCACCUUCCUGAGGCAACGAGGCUACGGCUGGCUGCUGGAGGUGGAGGAGGAUGAUGGUGAAGAGAUCAAACCUCUCCUGGAGGAAUUGGACAUUGACCUGAAGGACAUCUACUAUAAGAUUCGAUGUGUCCUGAUGCCAAUGCCAUCACUCGGCUUCAACCGGCAGGUAGUCAGAGACAACCCAGACUUCUGGGGCCCUCUGGCUGUGGUGCUGCUCUUCUCCAUGAUCUCCAUCUAUGGACAGUUCAGGGUUGUGUCUUGGAUCAUAACCAUCUGGAUAUUUGGAUCAUUAACAAUCUUCCUGCUGGCACGUGUUCUUGGUGGUGAGGUUUCAUACGGCCAGGUUCUCGGAGUGAUUGGAUAUUCCCUUCUUCCUCUCAUCGUUAUAGCCCCUCUUCUGUUAGUGAUCAGUCGAUUCGAGGUUGUCUCUACACUAAUCAAACUGUUCGGAGUGUUCUGGGCUGCUUACAGCGCUGCUUCACUGCUUGUCGGAGAUGAAUUCAAAACGAAGAAGCCCCUUCUCAUAUAUCCCAUUUUCCUUUUGUACAUAUACUUCCUAUCGCUAUAUACUGGUGUUUGAUCUGAUGAAUGGAGACUGGACCUUCUUAUGGACAGUGACCCUGGAUAAUAGGGAAAUAAGUCAAAACUUCGGAACCAGGAUUUUUUAAAAAGGUGUUUAUUUCUUUUUUUAACUCUGUUAAACUCAAGAUGACGGGGAUGCUUGGAAUACAGUAUGUAUCAAUGUAUAUAGUUUUGUCCCUUUUGUCUUUCGUCAAUAAAAUGUUUAUGUUGAUUGCA